AUGGAUCAUCGUGGUAGAGGCCGAAGUCGAAGUCGAGGUCGAGGUCGAGGUCGAGGGAGACGAGUUGAACCCCUUCGUGAUCAAGGGGGCGAUAGAGCGUCGGAAGUGAACCAAAAUCGGGGACCCGAGGGCGGGGGCGGAGAUCAAAUGGCCACCGCUAUCAAUAGGAUAACCGAAGUGCUAGAGCGUUUGACGGACCGUCAAGGUCCUGGACCAGUGCAUCAACAACCUGGUGGGCAGGUAGAUACUGAAGAUAGGGCCUUGGAGAGGUUCCUAAAGUUUGGGCCGCCUAAGUUUCAAGGUGGGCCAGAGCCUGAAAUAGCUGAGGGAUGGUGGGAGAGAAUAUCUGAUAUUUUUGCCACAUUGGAUUACACUGAGACGCGGAAAGUGACUUUUGCGUCAUUUCAAUUUGAAGGAGCUGCACGGUCUUGGUGGAAUCUAAUUAAGGAUAAGUGGGAUAGAGACCGUACCCCUAGUACUUGGGCAACCUUCACCCGUGAGUUUAAUGCCAAAUUUCUUCCACCUCUAGUCCAAGAGAAAAGGGAGGAUGACUUUAUUAAGUGCAAACAAGGGGCCAUGAGUGUAGCAGAGUAUGAAACCAACUUUACUAAAUUAGCCCGAUAUGCCCCUGACCUGAUAGCCACUGAGCAGAGACGCAUUAGGAGAUUUGUGCAAGGGCUCAAUGUGGAGAUUCAAGAAGGGCUAGCCACUGCUCAAAUUAGCACGUAUAGUGAUGCCGUAGAGAAAGCUCAGAGGUUUGAGACGGCUAGAGCCCAAUCUAGGUCAUUCUUUGCUAGGAAAAGGAAUGCCCCUAGUGGUAGCAGGGACCCAAUUUCUACAAGUGCCCCACCGCCUAAGAUGGGUAGAGGAACUGGAGUAGUGAAUAUCCCUAGUGCAUCGAGAGGUGCUUUAGCAAGGGGUGCUGGAGCUAGAGGCCCUGGGGCGAGAGGAUCUGGAGUGAGAGGAGGUCAAAGUGGAAUGGGACCUCCUAGGAGUGCUCCACAAGGUGUACAAGUGUCAACCCCUCAGAUAACCUGUGGUUAUUGUGGAAAAGCCAAUCAUACUGCAAAUGAGUGCUGGAGAAAGGAUGGCAAGUGCCUCAAGUGUGGAAGUGCUGAGCACCAAAUUGCUAAUUGUCCUAGGAUUUCCGAGAAUGGGGGAAGCCAAGGAGGUGCCACAAGUUCUAGGCAAACUGCUUCUGGAGGGAGUCGGCCAAAGGUCCCGGCCAGGGUUUAUGCCCUAGAUAGUCAACCUGCACCUGACCCUUCGGAGGUAGUCGAAGGUACACUUCCAAUCUUUCAUCGAUUAGCCAAGGUUUUAAUUGAUCCCGGUGCGACUCAUUCGUUUGUUAAUCCUGCUUUUAUGUGUGGAAUUGAUGUAAAACCUGUACGAUUACCCUAUGAUUUGGAAGUUAGGACUCCUACGGGUAAUAAGAGCAUGCUCACUAGUUUAGUGUAUAAGGAGUGUGAAUUUUGGGUUGGGGAGCGAAAAAUGCUAGUUGACUUGGUGAGUUUGGACCUUAAGGGGUAUGAUGUGAUUAUAGGAAUGGACUUUUUGUCUUACCACCAUGCUAAGCUAGAUUGUAGAGCUAAAGUGGUGGAAUUUUGCAUCCCAGGUGAGGCAACUCUCAAGCUAGAUGUAAGGGGUAGAUUAGCUUCGUCUGCUUUGAUUUCAGGGAUUCGAGCUAGGAAAAUGCUUCACAAGGGAGCCCAGGGUUUCUUAGCUUUCUUAAUUAACGCCCCUAGUGAUCAAGUGAAAUUAGAAGAUGUACCAAUCGUGCAAGAUUUUCCCGACGUCUUCCCGGAAGAAUUAACAUCUCUGCCACCUGAAAGGGAGAUAGAGUUUAAGAUUGAUUUGGUUCCAGGAGUAGCCCCAAUUUCAAAAACUCCUUAUAGAAUGGCUCCUGCGGAGUUGAAAGAACUAGAGAUCCAGUUGCAGGACCUACUAGAAAGAGGUUUUAUUAAGGAAAGUGACUCACCGUGGGGAGCUCCAGUUUUGUUUGUAAAGAAAAAGGACGGGAGUUUGAGAUUGUGCAUUGACUAUCGAGGUUUGAAUGAGGUGACUAUUAAGAAUAAGUACCCUUUGCCCUUGAUUGAUGGAUUAUUUGACCAAUUGCAAGGAUCGGUGGUGUACUCUAAGUUAGAUUUGAGACAAGGGUACUAUCAAUUGAGGAUUAAAAAGGAAGAUAUACCUAAGACCGCUUUUAAUUCUCGAUAUGGGCACUUUGAGUUUGCGGUAAUGCCUUUUGGGUUAACCAAUGCCCCAGCUGCUUUCAUGGAUCUAAUGCAGAGAAUCUUUAAGAAAUAUCUGGACCAAUUUGUGGUGGUAUUCAUAGAUGAUAUUCUAGUAUAUUCUAAGACCCGAGAGGAUCACGCCAAGCACUUGGAGAUAGUUUUACAAGUGUUGAGGGAACACAAGCUUUACGCUAAGUUCAGUAAGUGUGAAUUUUGGCUGGAAGAAAUUUCUUUUCUGGGUCAUAGAAUUUCUAAGAAUGGAAUUGCAGUGGAUCCAACUAAAGUGGAGGCAGUUACUUUGUGGAAACAACCAGAGAAUCCAACUGAAAUUAGAAGUUUCUUGGGAUUGGCAGGUUAUUACCGUCGUUUUAUAAAAGAUUUCUCAAAAAUUGCUGGGCCAAUGACGGAGUUAACUAAGAAAAACCAUAAGUUCAUUUGGAGCCCUAAAUGUGAAGCAAGCUUUCAAGAAUUGAAGAGGCGAUUGACUACGGCUCCAGUGUUAGCCCUACCUGAGGGAGUUGAUGGGUAUGUAGUAUAUUCCGAUGCUUCUAAAGAAGGGUUAGGCUGUGUUUUAAUGCAAAAGGGAAAAGUUGUGGCCUAUGCUUCUAGGAAAUUGAAACCCCAUGAGAUGAAUUACCCGACCCAUGACCUAGAGUUAGCCGCUGUUAUUUUUGCUUUGAAGAAGUGGAGACAUUACUUGUAUGGGGUGACAUUUGAGGUAUUCACCGACCAUAAGAGCCUUAAGUACUUGUUUUCACAAAAGGAGUUGAACUUGCGACAGAGGCGUUGGGUAGAAUUUCUUGAGGAUUAUGAUUGUUCAAUCAAUUAUCACCCUGGGAAAGCAAAUGUGGUUGCAGAUGCACUAAGUAGAAGGGCUCAAGUAGCGGGUCUAAUGGUGAGAGAAUGGGAUAUGUUAGAAGAAGCGAGUGGUUGGAAUCCUCGUUUAGAAAAGUUGAAAAUCUUGUUUGGAAAUCUAUCCUUAAAAUCCCCUUUGUUAGAAAGAAUUAAGGAGGCUCAAAGGAAGGAUCCGGUAGUACAAGGUUAUUUGGAGAGAGUGGGAAAGGAGGAAACCCUAGAUUUUAAACUAGGACCUGAAGGCAUUUUGAGAUUUAGGAAUCGAAUAGUAGUACCUAGUGAAGAGGGUUUGAAAAGAGAAAUUCUAGAGGAGUCACAUCGGUCCAAGUAUACUAUUCACCCUGGAGUUAACAAGAUGUAUCAGGAUGUGAAAGGGCUUUAUUGGUGGGAUGGCUUAAAAAGGGAUGUGGCGAAAUUUGUACAGACUUGCCUAGUGUGUCAGCAGGUUAAGGCAGAAUAUCAAAAGCCUUCUGGUUUGUUACAACCUUUAGAAAUCCCUGAGUGGAAAUGGGAGCAUAUUACCAUGGAUUUUGUGACGGGUUUACCUAGAAGUCAAAGGGGACAUGAUGCGGUUUGGGUGAUAGUGGAUAGGCUUACAAAAUCUGCACAUUUCUUACCGGUGAAUAUGAGUUACUCUUUGGAGAAAUUAGCCAAGUUGUACACAGAAGAAAUUAUGAGAUUGCAUGGGAUUCCUGUAAGUAUAGUCUCCGAUCGAGACCCUAGAUUCGUUUCCCGCUUUUGGCAGAAAUUUCAGGAAACUUUGGGGACUAAAUUGAAGUUGAGCACUGCAUAUCAUCCACAAACAGAUGGACAGUCGGAGAGGACCAUACAAACCCUCGAGGACAUGUUAAGAUCCUGUAUAUUAGAUUUCGGAGGGAGUUGGAGCCAGUACAUGACGUUGGCAGAGUUUGCUUAUAAUAACAGUUAUCAGGCUUCAAUCCAAAUGGCACCGUAUGAGGCGCUUUAUGGUAGAAGGUGUCGAUCCCCUAUUCAUUGGGAUGAAGUAGGAGAGAAGAGAGUUUUAGACCCGACAGCUAUUCCAUGGAUCGAAGAAGCUUAUGAGAAGGUUAAGCUGGUUAGGGAGAGACUUCAAACUGUUCAAAGUCGGCAGAAGAGUUACGCAGAUCACCGAAGAAAAGACUUAGAAUUUGAAGUAGGAGAUAAAGUCUUUCUAAGAGUAAAACCUAUGAAAGGAGGGGUAAUAUCCAAGAAGGGAAAGAAAUUAAAGCCGAGGUACAUUGGACCCUUUGAAGUUCUUAAACGAGUUGGAAAAGUGGCUUAUCAGCUGGAUUUACCUUCUAGCAUGAGCAGGAUUCAUAAUGUCUUCCACGUAUCUAUACUCAAGAAAUAUCAUCCCGACCCAAGUCAUGUGAUUCAAUUAGAUGACGUUGAAGUAGACGAGUCUUUGACUUAUGAGGAGCGACCAGUUAAGAUUUUGGACCGAGAAAUUAAAGAAUUGAGAAAUAAGAAGAUUGCCUUAGUCAAAGUCUUGUGGAGAAAUCACGACGUCGAGGAGGCAACUUGGGAGGUUGAGAAGGACAUGAAGGACCAAUACCCAGAGUUAUUCGCUUGAACAGCUUCCACCUCCAUUCUUGGCUGCUGUCUCGACCGAGCAAGGAGGAGGAAGAUCGCUGCUGCUGCUGCCGGCGUUGUGUUGGACCAGGGGAGAAGGAGAAACCAGCUGCCAUUUUUCUUUCCUCCAACCACAGAACCUUCCAAGCUGACUCAAAACCCCAGACCCAAGCUUCUCUUCACCUCAACGUUUGCUGCUGGGUUGUUGCUAAGUACUAGAAAAAGGAAACAUCCUGCCAGAGAGAAAUGUGCUGAUCAAACUGAGGAACAGCCAACUACAUUGCCCGAUAUCAUUGAUGAUGAACAGCCAACUGUUGAGCCUUCCACCAGAAAAUCACCUAGAGGGACUGAGACACGCAGUGGAAAAAGGAAACGUUCUGCCAGAGAAAAAUGCACUGAUCAAACUGAGGAACAGCCAACUGCAUUGCCCAAGUUCAUUGAUGAUGAUGCUAGAGAGAAAUUUGAAUGGAUUUCACAGAAGGGUUUCAUCACUCAAAGAACUAUUGUCCCCUCUGAAUUCCGUAAGUUUGAUCUAGAACUAGUCCUUUCACAAAAGGAUUUCGAAAAAUGGUCUCACAUUCUAUCCUUGCCAAACACACAUUAUCCUGAUAUGUUUUAUCAGUUCUUUGCUAACCUUAGGAAGGAUAGUUCCCACACUGAACUUGUCUCUCGUGUCAAUUUUGUUGACAUUACACUCACUCCAGAUAGUGUCAAUAUGGUUUUAAAAACAAAAAUUGAAGAUGGCUUUAAGGACAAAGGCAAGACUCAAGCAACUGAAGCUAGUGAUGAAGAUGAUGAGGAAACUGAAGAUGAAAUGGAUCCUGCUCAGUUUCUAGUAUUGGUUUGGUAUAUUGGAUUGGAUAUUGGUUGA